AAAGUGUUCAGAAAACGAAAAAGUCUAUUUGGGAGAAAUUAUUGUGGAGCUGGGGCGGUCUGGCAGAGCAUUCUUAUUUCUAGCGCGAAAGAAAGGACGUCCUGUCUGACAUCAAUCUCCUUCGAAAUUAUCAACAAAUCGCUGAAUCUGCAUAGCAUAAAUUUCGGAUUACGUUGCUGUUGAUAUUUAUCUCGAUCACUUGCUUGUGUUUUACCGGUGAAAUUAGGGUUUUAGAGAGAUGGACGAUAGUUGUGCGGUGUGUGCCGAUACUUUGGAAUGGGUGGCGUAUGGAUCGUGCGGUCAUCAGGAUGUGUGUUCGACCUGCGUAGCUAGGCUCCGUUUUAUUUGUAAUGACCGCCGUUGCUGCAUCUGCAAAACAGAGUGCAACGUUGUUUUUGUCACCAAGGCCCUGGGUGAUUAUACGAGGAUGAUAAGUGACUUUUCAGUCCUGCCCUCUGAAUUAAGGGAGGGCCGAGUAGGACCAUACUGGUACCAUGAGGACACACAAGCAUUUUUUGAUGAUGUGGAUCACUACAAAAUGAUCAAGGCUAUGUGCCGGCUUUCAUGCAAUGUUUGUGAUAAGAUGGAGGAACAAGCAAAUGAUGGGGCAAAGCGGCGGGUGAAGUUUCGGAACAUUGAACAGCUUAAGGGUCAUUUGUUUCAUAAACAUAAAUUGGUUAUGUGUAGUUUGUGUUUGGAAGGACGAAAGGUAUUUAUUUGUGAACAAAAGCUAUAUACUCGAGCACAACUGAAUCAGCAUAUAAACACAGGUGAUUCUGAGGUGGAUGGAAGUGAGAGUGAGAGAGGAGGCUUCAUGGGACAUCCUAUAUGUGAAUUUUGCAAAACCCCCUUCUAUGGGGAUAAUGAGCUGUAUUCACAUAUGUCCACAGAACACUACACCUGUCAUAUAUGCCAAAGGCAGCAUCCUGGGCAGUAUGAAUAUUAUAAGAAUUAUGAUGACCUGGAGAUUCAUUUUCGGCGGGAUCAUUUCUUGUGUGAGGAUGAAGGUUGCCUCGCCAAAAAAUUUGUUGUCUUUCAAUCUGAAGCAGAAAUGAAGAGGCAUAAUGCUAUUGAACAUGGUGGGCGUAUGUCACGUGCAAAACGUAAUGCAGCUCUUCAGAUACCGACUAGCUUUCGUUACCGUCGGAGUAAUGAACAAGAUCAUCCUCGUGGAAGGGGACGGACAUUUCAUCGUGAAUCUUCUGAUGAUCAACUUUCCCUGGCCAUUCAGUCUAGUUUGGAGACUUUUGGUUCUGAUGGCUCAUCUUAUGAUCCAUCUUCAUCCAGUGUUCAAUUAGUUUCAGAUCUCAGAGAAACAGACAGUAUUGACCCGCUCAUCCAGCCUUUUGAAUCGUUAGCUACUACAGAUUCGGAGCCUUCAAGAUACCUUCAAGCCUUGGGGCAAAACUCAAGGACAGCACCCUUGGAAGAAUCUUCCUUUCCCCCCCUCCCCAUGGCUUCCUGCAGCAGUCAACAAAAGCCAAGAAAUACAGGCUUACCCAACAACACCAUGGCAGCACAUCUCAAACUCAAAAAUAACAAGAAAGUGACCAUUCUCCACUCAGGUCAAGCAUUGACAUCAAAUAGUCGUGGGCAAAAGCAGCCAUCAAAUAACCCAAUCCAACUUAUGCCUGCAGCUAAUGUUGCUCCUGUAACAUCAUGGGGUUCUGGUAGUGGGCCUACACUAUCAAGUUAUGCAGCUUCUACUGAAACGAAGGCUCAGGCUCAGGCUCGACCAAUUUCAGUUCAUGGACUUGUGUCAUCUGGUUCACAGACAUCUGGCAACCACAGUAGGAUAAGCCACUCUGCUUCAGCCCCAAAUCUUACUGGUAAUGGAUCACUAGAACCUUCUGUUUCUGAUUUCCCACCAGUUUCUGCAAUGCAAACUCGAAAAUUGCCUAUAAGUAAUCAGCCUCCAUCAAAAGUGGAGAAUGUUCAAGCUGCAAACAAAUCUUUGGUAGAAAAGAUCCGCUCUGCCCUUCAAUAUGAUGAAGAAAAAUAUUCUUCUUUUAAAGACAUAUCUGGACAAUAUCGACAAGGUUUGAUUGACACAAAAAGAUACCUGGAAAAUGUGCAGGAAUAUGACCUGUCACAUUUAGUUCUUGAGUUGGCUAGUCUCCUUCCUGAUGCUCAGAAGCAGAGAGAGCUAGUUGAGACCUACAAUGCAAGUUUGCUAGCUAGUGAUGGGCAAGAGAAUGGUUUGACCCAUGGCAGUUCACAGUGGAGAGAGACUAAUGGCCAUAAAAAAGGUAAAGGUAAGUCUAUGGGUAGUGAACAGAGUAAUUCCAACAAUACAUCAGCAGAUAGUUAUAAAGGGAAAUCUGUUGCUGCUGAAUUGAGUAAUUCAAGGGAUACUUUUGCAAAUAGUGUCAUAAGCACUGUUCAAGAACUGCGAUCAGGUUACAAGCCUUCAGAAGAAGAGGUGGAGGUGCUAUCUAAGGAUGGCUACCGUGCUUCUAAAGGCAAAUCAAAGGCAAUUGUCAAUGAGAGGGAUCAGAGUGAUCUGUCUGCUGGUCGUGGAUUAAAUCAAAUUUUGGGUGGUGGGGGUGGUGGGAAUAAGCAAAGAAAGAAAACCUCGAAGUUCCAGAGAGUGCGACUUGGUGAUGGCUCUAUGGCAGCACUUUUGGAUCUUAAAAAUUCAGAUCCCGAUCCUGAGCCCAAUCCAUUGAAUAACAGGUUAGAUAGCAACCAUAACUUUGCUGAAGGGAUGCCUGUACGUGGUGUUUGGCGGAGGGGUGGAGGCCAGAAACUCUUCUCGUGAGCAAUGGUUCAAGAAAUCUUUAAAGGAAUGGAAUAUCACCAGUAUGCUUGUUUUCAUCCCAAAUUCAUGUAGCAUCAAAUGCAAAUAUUAAGUUGGGUUGGCAUGUUUGCUUUAGCCGAUUCAAGUUUUGAAUUUUUUACAAAGUUGAAUCACUUGAACAACAUUCCGAAUGGGCCAUCUUCUUUCGCAAGUUUUCAUAGAAACAAGAAUAUAUGAUACAGAGUUUGAAA